AUGAUGUGGCCGUGGCGAGUCCAGACGACCAGAGGAGCUACCGGGUCGAGCUUUUCGAUCGGAUUCGUCAACAGUUAUGGUCAAAUCGGAGGUGCAAUUGGCCCUCAUAUUUUCAACAGCCGGUUCGCGCCGCACUACCGCGUCAGUUUCGGCAUUGUUAUGGGCUUUGUAUCAGCUUGUAUGCUGACGUCGUUAUUUACCUGGCAUCUUACAAGGCACACGGAGCAGGAUACGCGCAAAUUGAAGAUUGCGCGGGUAGAGGCACAUAAAAGAGGAGAAGCUGUGUUAGACGAUGUCGUUGAUAACGACUUGAAGAAGACGCCGAAGGGCGAUGCAAGUUCAGCGUGA